AUGGAGGAACGCAACACGCCAACGCUUGAGGGUGCUUCCGCUACUAAUCACUCGGAAUGGCCAGGUUCUGAUCUGAUCGACUCCACCACAUCGUGGAAGCGGCUUCUCGAGCACGCCCUGUGGGUCCACGUCCCCCCAGUGCUAAUCGUCUCGGGAACUAUUCUCAAUGCAAUAACUAUUACAGUUCUUCUAAGUCGGAAAUUUGGCAAGGCUUCGACGAGGAUUUUACUCAUCGGGCUGGCGCUAACUGAUACGGCUGUCUUAUGGACAGGGCUCCUACGUAUCUGGCUGGUCGAUUACUUUGAUGUGGAUGUAAGACUUCUGUCCUACAUAUCAUGUCCACUGCACACUUUCUUAACGUACUUCUUAAUUGACAUGGCGAGUUGGCUUGUCAUGCUGUUAACUGUGGAAAGAUGGAUAUCUGUUGCGUUUCCGUUGAAGGCUAGGUUCAUUUGCCGCAAGAAGUGGACAUUUGCCACACUUUUCUGUGCCUUUGCCUGUCUCUUCAUGUUGAACUCUCACAUGCUCUUUUUAUUCCGACUAAAUGCAGAAGGGGAUGAAUGCGGUGAAACGACAACGGCCUAUCUUGACUUCUGUUCCGAUGUUUUUCCAUGGAUUGACUUAAUAACUUAUUCAGGUAUACCUUUACUUGUCAUAACAGUCUGCAACUGCUCCAUUCUAUACAAGCUCAUCCAAUGUCAAAACAAGAGAAAGACACUCCAAAAUCCGGGGAAGAAUCCAGAUGGUUGGACAGCGCAUGCGCAGAUGACGAGCAUGACGUAUAUGUUGACUGCCGUCAGUGUCACUUUUCUCUUACUGACCUUACCCGCAGCAAUCUACUUCAUCGUGAACAGCUCCAUGCCUGAUGAGGAUAUUCCUGUGAAUGUAAAUGAAGAUUUAGAUGUGGCCUUCGCGGUCACGUAUUUAUCUAGUUACGUGAACAACACAAUCAAUUUCCUUCUCUACUGUCUUAGCGGCACGCAGUUUCGUCGCGAGGUUUACAGAAUGUUCCGGGGUGUCAUCAUCAAGGGCGAGACGAGCCGAAGUAUACGGUAG